GUUGAAUCGAAAAUGCUGGGAAAAUGACUUGCUAACACUGCCGGUCGGGCUAGCUACAUUUUUAGCAAGCUAGCUAACGUUAGCACAAGGGUAGUCCUUUCUCCUGGCGUUACCCUACAAAUACCUUUGUCGUUAUCAAUUAUUUCAGCGCUAUCUUAAUGUAUGCGAUGUGUGGUGUAAAAUGCUAACUUUAAAAGUUUAAUUUGGAAGUAUGGAAACUAGUAGGCUAAUAUUAGCUGGCUAUGUUAAGUAGCAUCACAUAGCUAACGGAUUAUGGCGCCCCGUUUACAGCUGGAGAAAGCGGCUUGGCGUUGGGUGGAAUCGGUGAAGCCAGAAGAUAUCAGGCAGGAGCAUAUCGAGCUAGCAUAUCGCGUCAAUCUCCUGGCCUGCAAGAGAGGAACCUGCAGGAGGAAUUGCAAAGGGAAUCCCAACUGUCUUGUGGGUAUUGGUGAACAGGCGUGGCUUGGGGAUAUUGAUGAAAAUGCUUUCCACAAUAUCGAUGACCCAAAUUCAGAACGUCGCGAUAAGAACACAUUUGUCGGCCUGACAAACCUGGGUGCAACAUGUUACGUCAACACAUUCCUGCAAGUUUGGUUCCACAACCUUGAGUUGCGUAGGAGCCUCUAUCAGUGCCACAAUCCCCGAGCCCAGGAACACAAUAUUGAGUCUGAUUACGAGCCUGAGUCUAUAUGCGAGCAUCUGCAGUAUCUGUUUGCACUACUGCAAAACAGCAACAGGAAAUACAUUGACCCUUCAGGGCUGGUCAAAGCACUGGGCCUGGACACAGGACAGCAACAGGAUGCCCAGGAGUUUUCCAAGCUUUUCUUGUCUUUAUUGGAGGACACGCUAUCUAAGCAAAAGAACCCCAACCUGCAGAAUGUCAUCCAGCGGCAGUUCUGCGGACAGUUCUCCUACGUUACUGUCUGUAACCAGUGUGGCCGAUCAUCUGCUCUGCCGUCCCGAUUCUACGAGCUGGAGCUGAACAUCCAGGGCCAUAAGAAUCUCACAGAGUGUGUCACAGAGUUCCUGAAGGAGGAGAAGCUGGAUGGAGAUAACCGCUAUUUCUGUGAGAGCUGUCAGAGUAAACAGAACGCUACUCGAAGGAUCAGAUUGCACAGCAUUCCUCCAACCAUCAAUCUGCAGCUCAUGCGCUUCGUCUUUGAUAGACUAACAGGCCACAAGAAGAAGCUCAACACCUUCAUCAGUUUCCCUGAGCAGCUGGACAUGGGGCCUUUCUUGGAAGGAAAAGAAGACCAGAAGUGUGUUUAUGAACUGAGUGCGGUGCUGAUCCACCGGGGCAUCAGUGCAUACUCUGGCCACUAUAUCGCCCAUGUGAAGGACGCCAGCACCGGGGACUGGUACAAGUUCAAUGAUGAGGAAAUUGAGAAAAUGGAAGGCAAGAAGCUGCAGCUCGGCAUUGAGGAGGACAUUGCUGAGACAGUGAAGUCCCAGACACGAAAGCCAAAGUGCAGCAAAGGCUACCACUGCUCCCGAAACGCCUACAUGCUGGUGUAUAAGGUCCAGGAAGAGGAGAAGUCUGAUUCCUCCUGUGUCAAUGUCGAGGUGCCAGCCUUCCUUCAGAGGUUGGUGGACCAAGACAACCAUAAAUUCGAGGAGUGGUGCACUGAGAUGGCGGAAAUGAGAAAACAGAGCGUGGAUAAGGGCAAGGCCAAGCAUGAGGAGGUGAAGGAGCUCUACGAGCUUUUACCCGCAAAAGACGGCGAGUUAUAUGAGUUCAUCCCAAUGGAGUGGUUGAAGAAGUGGCUAGAGGACUCCACUGCAACAAGAGAGAUCGACAACGCCAGCUUCCUUUGUUCUCACGGCAAACUGCACCCAGACAAGGUUGGGGACACCAAGAGGGUUUCCCUGCAAGCAGCCCAGGUCCUCUACGAGCGCUACAGCGGAGGGCCCAGACUGGACGGUUCCUCCAUGUGUAGAGAGUGUGUUAGCAAGCGGUGCAGAGUGCUGCGCCUCAAGAACCAGCUCAAUGAAGACUACAAGGAAAUCACCAACCUGGUUAAACGCACGCUCAGUGGUGAGGGCUACUGGACGGGCAAAGCCUCUCUGCGUAGCUGGAGGCAGUUGGCAUUAGAGCAGCUGGACGAAGACGAACAGGAAACCAAACACAGCAAUGGCCAGACCAAUGGACAGGGACCACACAUCAACUGCAAAGAGUUUGGUUCGGAGCUCUCAGAGGGAAACGAGGAUGACAUGAAGACUUUCAAUGAAGACAUUGUCUGCACUCACGGGGGUCUGAGUAUUUUGGAGACAGAACGGAAGCUGGUAUCCUCUGAAGUUUGGGACAAGCUAAGGGAAUACUUCCCCAAAGCCCCAGCAUUCACCCAAAACCAAGAGCCUUGUCAGCAGUGCCUGACUCUAGAGCAGGAAGAAAAGGACAACGAGGCGGUAAGUAAGAUGAUGGCCCUGGACCAGAAAAACCAGCUGCUCAACCUCUUCAAUGAGAAGAACCGGCCAAUCCUCAACAAGUGGCCUGAGGACACCGAUGUUCUGUACAUAGUCCCGCUGUUUUUCGUGGAUGAAUGGAGAAAGUUCAUAAGGAGGCCCACCAAGUCUUCUCCAGUGUCUAAUGUAGGCAACACUCUUCUGCUGUGUCCUCACGGAGGCUUCAUGUUCACCUACGACUCCCUCAUCACUGGAGAUGCUCAACAUGUAGCCCUGCUCUGGCCCAGCGAGUGGGAAGUGAUCAGCAGGCUCUUCAUCGUGGACCAGCCCAUCUCUAUCCACUGCUUCAAACAGACCACACCCAGCGGGGCCACCCCGCAGUACACCACUCAGCCUGAUAUCUGUUGGGAGUGUAGAGAGAGCUUCCUGUUCCAGCAGCAGAGGGACCUCAGAGAGUAUACCCAAGCAACCAUCUACAUCCGCAAAGUCAUGGAGGAGCAGAGGAUAAUAAAGGAGGGGGCUCCGGAGCUGACUGCCAGCAGCUCUGAGGCAGAGGAGGAGAAGGAGGAGCCUCCAAAGGUAGAUGGGGAGAGAGACCCAGACUUCAACCAGUCUCAAGAUGGUGCAAAGCGGCUGAAGUUGGAUGACGGCAGCUCAGCAUCAGUAGCUGCAGUCCCUGUGACCAACAUGACCAGACUAGGUGGGAUCAGGAGAAGCACCCGGCACAGGAAACUCAGAGGAGAGAAAGCGCUGAUCGUUUCUGCUAAUCAGACACUCAAAGAGCUAAAAAUACAGAUAAUGCACGCCUUCUCCGUGGCUCCAUUUGACCAGAACCUCUCCAUCAAUGGUGAAAGUCUGACGGACGACUCGGCCACUCUGGGUAGUCUGGGCGUCAUCCCCGAGAGCAUCAUCUGUCUAAAGGCUGAUGAGCCAAUAGCAGACUAUGCUGCAAUGGAUGAUGUCUAUCAGGUGAGAAUGCCUGAAGAGGGAUUUAAAGGCACUGGGCUUCUCGGCCACUGAGGAUAGCGGGGACGUUGCUAUCCUUGAAUUGGACGGAUACAAAUUUCAAAUGAAACAAAGUUUAAAUUUGUCAAGGGUCCAUAUAUAAAUAAGUGCUUUAAUUUGUUUUUUUUACGUUUUGAGUAGGCUUUCUUUAAUAAAACUGUGACUAUGUUGCAAAGCCGCUGCUUUUCUCUACUUAGGGUUAGCUGGACUUUGAUAUUUAAAAUUCUUAAUGAUUCUGAAGGACGUGUGGCAGUGCUGCUACCUGACUAAUAGAAUCUGAAUGAAUCUGUUUUAUUCUGAGGCUUGGCUUCAGUAAACUUCUACUUUUACUCAAAAAUUAGCUUUGUUUUUGACUCUUUUAAAUUAUGGCAGAAAAAAAAUCAAUCCAAUAUUCUCUCUUUCCUUUACGUGGAAGCUUGUAUUCUCACUGCAGAGUUUUCAGGUUUGUCAAAAGAAUGCACGAGUAACUGUUAAGUAUUACAAAUAUAACUGCUCCUAAAUGUUAGAACAUUAAUUACCUCUACAGCAAAUCUAUAUCCAUAUACUCCAUGUGGCAUUUAGAAUUACGUAGCUACACGGUGAGAGUUGGGAGUGAGAAACAGAAUGCAAGCAGUGAUAUGUCCUGUUCUUUUCACUGUUAUUUCUUAUGGACAAUAAAGUUAUUUUCAAAGCA